CCUGUUUUCACUGCCAAAGAAAUAUCUGUUUACCACUGCCAAAUCUCACAGCGCGAUUCGAACGUGUUCUGCGUCACAACUGUGUGUUCACGUAGAUUACGCGCGACGGAUUGCCUCUCACAACAAGGAACCAAUCAACGCAAACAUGUGAAAUUAGUUACCCCCCCUUUUCAAUAAUUGUUGUUUGUUGAAAAUGGUAGCUAACUACCUCGCUCCGCCAGAAACUAGCUAGCUAUUUCUUCAAGUUACCAUAACGGUAGGUUACUAGCUAUAUUUUUUGUAUAUAGCUAGAUUCCAUAGCUACCUAGCGUUAGUUUGUUCCUUGACAUAGCUAUCUACUGUAGCUAGCUAAUGUUGUUAGUUAGUUAGCUAGCAGCUAGUUGUCCUGCUAAUAAAAUGUUUUUGGGCCUAUCAUACUAUUUGUGAAAUGGUUUUCACAUAUUAGAUUUACAGUACAACUUAAACUAUUCUAUAAGUAAUAGGUAGGUAAUAGCUAGCUACCUGUCUUGUUCUAGCUAGUUCAUAGCGAAGUAAUGUUUAUGCUUUCCUCUGUUAAUGUGUUAGUAUUUAUUUUGGAGGCAUUCUUUCUGGAUGGGGUUUCAGCGGUUCUAGCUGCCACAAUCAACAGAUCCAUGUCUUUUCUGGUGAGUGAACUCCGUUAGCGCUCCCCUGCCUGUUGGCAUUAAAGCCCAGUCUAGAAAAGGUAUCAAAUACUUGUGCUGAAUCCUUACCAGUCAGUGUCACAGCAAUGAUCAGUUACUGGAGAAGCGAUUUACCUGUGGUAUCUGCCCUCUCUCUUUCUUUCUUCCUCUCUAUCCCAGCGUUGGGUCUCAGAGAAAUUGAGCGUGGAGAGCCUGAGGGAUUUUGAGUUUUUUGGAGGUAAGGUCAAAGGUGAUGCUGAAAAGGCUUCCCCAAUCAACUGCUGCUUAUACACAAGACUUAUCAUCAGCUAUGAAGUUGCCCAACCCUCAUACAGAACCUGCUAGCUAUAUCUUAAGUGCAGCUUUGCUUUCAAAACAAGAUAUUAUUGCAUUGCGCAGUUUUUUUAAAAAGCAACACCCUCUAAUAAACAAUUGGAAUAAUACAAUUUAAACCUACAGGAAUCCAAUCAGCAUUGGUUCUUUGGCAAUAUGCGGAUGGAUACCGCUGUCUCCCACAUAGAUUCAGGACACGUAAGAACUACUGCUUGCUUCGAUGUUUUGCAGGUGUCAAAUGUCUCACUGUACCUUACAUGUGUGCGAUGAAGAGAGUUUGUUCCAGUGUGAUGUGUCCUUGUCUGACAGACUUGAUCAAUGCAGUAAAUGUGCAGCCUCAGAAUACUGCAUGUCAGAUUCAUAUUCUGUUGCGCCGUCGGUCUUUGUAGUAUAUAUGAAGUCGAUAUGAUACUUAGGUCAAAUAUUUAUUUACGGAAAUCAUAUUUUAAGGGUAACAUAUGUGGGUCUGUUAUUAGACACUAACAUGAGGAUAGGAAAGCGUUGUCAAUUUAUCAAUGGUUGAAGAAUCCGUUUUCAUAAAGAGAGAAACUGAAUAGCUAGUCUAUGACAGACAUAGGCCUAAUGCUGAUUUUACUGUAUGUAUCCUAUAAGGGGGGGUUGAACUUUGCAUCAUCUUUAUAUUCCUGUGAGCUCAGCUCAUCAUUGCAUCAUUGUUCGUUCAUUCGCUUGAUUUCAAGUUUGUUUUUGGCUGCUUCCUGUUCCCAUGGCAAUGCAUAAUCACUGAAUCCCGCUGGACUGAAUCCUCACUGAUUUAACAGAUGCAUCUAAUUAGCCUAGACUGAAUCCUCCUUGUGACAGGAGCCAGCCAGCAGCAUUGAUCCGACUCCUGCAACAAACACCACAUGCUAUACUUUACACUUACAGUGUACCUAAGGGUUCCCGAGCUGCUCUAAACACAGAUCCUUCUCUUGUGUGUGUGUGUGUGUGUGUGUGUUUGUGUUUAUGUCAUUGAUGUGGUUUCUCUACCACAGAGCAAGCUCAGGGAAGCUCUCACAGGAAAGUAAGUGCGGUACUCCAGUCACGGCUUUUGAUCGUUCCAUCUGCCUGUUUGUGAGGGUGUAGCCAACGUGAAUGAAUUCACAAGCCCUGUGUGCUUUUGUGCAUGGGCAUCUGAUUCUCAAUGCUGUGCUGUAUGUGCUUUGUGUUUUGAGGCCCAUCCUACUUCACCCACCAGGGUUUCCUAUUGGGGGAGUAGGGAGAUUGGUAGAGCUUACAGUAGUGACAUAUCCUGUUGAUGAGACAUGGUUUAUAGGGGGUUGGGUUGGAGGAGAGAAACUGAGGUUGUCAAGUCUGAAGGAAAGAUGUGAUCAUGGAUAAGAGCGUCUGCUAAAUGACGAAAAUGUAAAUGUGAUCAGUAUAAGUGGAUAGAUGGAUCACCCCAUUAAUCACCCCAUUAAUACUACUUGUUGCCUGAUGGCUCCAUCGGUUGCUCCAGAGAUCAAAACAAACAGUCCUUCCUGAUUCAUAAAGUUGACCACAGGUCCGCUCCAUAGCAGGAGUAGUUUGUGUCUUUAGAGUGGGCAAUGACGGGUCAUCCGUAAUUACCAGGCUUAAUUUACCUGCACUUGUCUUUUACGGCUGUCAUGGAAAAGGGCUGUUUCGUCUCAGCUGACAGAUAAUCUCCCUGUAAUGCUGGCCUUAAUGGGCCCUUAGGAACCUCAGUGUGGUCUUAACAUGGUGGUGUUACUGUUUUCUUUAUGGUUUCUGUUGUUCUUCACUGAAAGUCCUCACUAAUUUUGACUGAGCCUGUUUCAUGUUUGUGAAGUAGUUUAAGUCUGAAGUGUGGACACUCUUUGUCUGUGGCCUGUGUUCACUGUAGUUCUCCCUUACUAGAAAGCAGAGGGCAUGUAGGUGGGUGGUGGGAGGGUAUGAGCAACUGGGGUUAUUUGUUAAUGUGUCACUGUUGUGGAAAUCUCUGCAUCCACCAAUGGUUGUGAACUGGAGUUGGAUGGAAUGGAUGGAGUUCCAUGUGUUCUGUUUUUGGCAACGCAUGGCAACUCCAUCUGAGUGAUUUAACGUGAUGGGCAUCUACCUCGCAAUGCUGGCUGGAAAUUGGUAGAGAAAUGGUUAUUAAGCUGUUACUACUCUUUUUUUUUUAAUGUAGUAACCUCAUACAUUUAGGCCAACACCCCAUACCAGGGCAAUACAGAGGGACCAUUAUGGUUGCAUAUGCAUCUAAAUAUUUUACUGUUACCUGGAAUUUUAAUUUGGGAGCACCAGUGCCCCUGUGGGGGGGAAAAAACUAUUUUGUAAUUGUUGGCAAUUCUUAUCAUUAAUACCUUGAAUAUUUUUCAUUGUGCUCCUACAUUUCAAUAUGUGCUCCUACAUUUUUUCAACUUAGGAGCACGUGAUCCUUGUCAAAAAAUGUCACCAUAGAGCCCUGCAUACAUAUUUUUUUCUCCAGUCAAGCAUUUUGAAAGUGAUAGUAUGAAUCUGAAAAUAAGUUUUUUUUUUUUCUGAGCAUCUUUUAAGACUGUUAUUGGAUCCCCGUUUUGUAAUUUGAGGUGAAACACACCAGAUACACAAGAUCCUCACGUCUACGCCCAACAAUGGGAGUCGUUGUCCCAAAUGUGGGAAGGCAGGCGACAAGCUUAAGUCCAAAUUAAGCCCAUAGAAACGCAUUGGGCUUAUUUUGGACAUAUUUUGGCAAGAGUGACAUUUCUUGCUUCAUCUCUUCCUCUCUGAACACACUCAUACUAUUUUUUUGGGGGUCCCCACUCUGCAUGUAUCUAACCAUGAGCGUUAAUGUUUCAAGCACUAUGGUGUGAUGAGGUUUAGAGAAGGCAUGAUUCAUAAAUGAUGUAGCUUCUUGCUUAUAAUUUGCCACCAACAGAAUUCAAACCUGAAGUUAGAUGUUCUCCACUCAGGUUCCACAAAUACUGCUCGUACACACUCCGUUCUGUAGUCUGUCUGUAUAUGAUUUAGCAUCAACCAUCACUUCUGACCAAGCCUUUGCAAGCCACUCUCACAAUGCCACAAGUAAUGCCCAACACUGUAAGGGCCAAUAUAUGCUAUCGUUUCCAAAGCUAACUCCUUCCCUGUUGCCGCCUCUCCCCCCAGGCCCAUGAAGACAGCCACGAGAGCCUGACCUCACUCCCACGGCGGGACACCAUGGGAAGCUUCCUCCCUGACAGCAGCGCCUAUGAGCUGCUAACCAUCAUAGGUCAGUCAGUUUGUCAGUCAGUAUCAGGCUUCCAACCUCAGUGACUGGGCUGCCAAGGUGCUUGUUGUUGAAUACAUUGUUCGUGCUCCUGUCUCUAGUCUAAUUUUGUGUGUGCGCUUGGUGUGUGUGUGUGUUUUGCUGUGCUAGGUCGAGGCCUAGAGGACUUGAUGACCGUAAACCUUGCCAGAUACAGACCAACAGGGGAACACGUAGCAAUCCGUCGGAUUGACCUGGAGUCCUGCACCAAUGAAAUGGUCAACUACCUGCAGGUCUGGACCUAUCACCAUCCAUCUAUCAUUCUACCAUCCAUCUGUCACAUUUCCCUUUGCCUCUGCCAGGCAGACUGACAUCAGUCAAAUCAUCCUUCUCUUUAUAUCCCUCUCUUUCACUCCUCCCCUCUGAAUGCAUUCAUCCCUUGAUUUAUGACAUCACCUGUUAUGUAAUCCAACCUCUCAUCUCAGUCUGUCAAAUGUGUAUCUAUUAGAUAUAACUCAAUGUAAUGUCUCUGUUUCUCUCUGUCCAUUAAACCUAACCCAGUGUAAUCUCUGUCUCUCUCAGGCUGAGCUCCAUGUAUCUAAGCUGUUCCACCACUCCAGCAUCCUGCCCUACAGGAGCAUCUUCAUAGCAGAGAACGAGCUGUGGGUCAUCUCUCCCUUCAUGGCCUAUGGUGAGGAUUCACAGACAGGAGAGCACUCACUGUAACACUACUCUGGUCCUAGUCAAAUGUAGUCAAAAGCUAAAUGUAGAUGGGAGGACUCUAGUUACCAUUCCCACACAAAGGUAAUUUGUCUCCACCUAACCCUACUAUUCUCACAGUCCUCUGUGCUCUCUCACUGACUAAUGUAGUGUCUAACAUGUCCUAGGGUCGGCCAGAGACCUGAUCAGCACCCACUUCACUGAUGGGAUGAAUGAGCUGGCCAUCGCCUACAUCCUACUGGGCAUGCUCAAAGCCCUGGAGUACAUCCACCACAUGGGCUAUGUACACCGGUAAGUACACACAAGCACAGGACUUUUCAUGCAGGAAUGUGACAUGGCGUCUAAUUGUGUGCGUGUUUAGGAGCGUGAAGGCCAGCCACGUGUUGAUCUCGGUAGACGGUCAGGUGUGUAUGUCUGGUCUGCGGAGCAUCAUCAGUCUGAUCCGUCACGGCCAGCGGGCCAGAGUGGUCCAUGACUUCCCCCAGUACAGCAUCAAGGUGCUGCCCUGGCUCAGCCCAGAGGUGCUGCAGCAGGUAACACCAUACCACACCUGGCUAGCAUACAAUACCUUGCUUUUGGUAUACUAUAAUACCUUUGUUUGUUUGUAUCGGUCAACCCUAAGUAACCACUUGUUGUGUGUGUGUCAGAAUCUGCAGGGAUACGACUUCCGGUCAGACAUCUACAGUCUUGGCAUCACAGCCUGUGAGCUAGCCAAUGGACACGUGCCCUUCAAAGACAUGCCAGCCACACAGGUGACUAGUGGCCUGAUCAACCCCGCACCCUCUCUUGCUUCUGAAAGAUCAUUUAUAUUCUGCUUCUCUCUUGACUGGCCACUCUCUCUCUGUCCAUUCCUCUUCCUCCCCUCUGUCCUCUUCAUGGUCUUCGGUCUUUAGAUGUUGCUGGAGAAGCUGAACGGGACAGUCCCCUGUCUGUUGGACACCACCACCAUCCCCCCAGAGGAGCUGACCAUGAAGCCCUCCCGCUCUGGGGCUGACUCUGGGAUCUGUGAGGGCCCCAGUGCCGGAGGGGCCCACCACUCUAACGGAGAGCCCUCCUCCUUGGGGAGCCACCCCUACAGUCGCACCUUCUCUCCCCACUUCCAUGCUUUUGUGGAGCUGUGUCUGCAGAGGGACCCAGAGAAGAGGUGAGCCACGCCAAGCUGGGCUGCUGGUCCUCACAUUGAUUGUGUUAUGAAUUUUAGCUCAUUUAAUUAAUUGUGUUUAUUUCCCCCCUCAGACCCUCAGCCAGUGCUCUCAUUGGUCAUUCCUUCUUCAAACAGGUGAGUAGGAUCUAGCUCCUCCCUCCUCAACAGUCAUGUAAAGGCUUUAUUCAUUCACACAACACUUGAUUAUUAGAAUCCCAAUGAGAUAUGUUUCCAUUCUUCCCUAGAUCAAGCGUCGGCCAUCGGAGGCUCUGCCCGAGCUGUUCCGGCCCGUGACGCCCAUCACCGGCUUUGAGAGUACCCAGCCUCAGGACUCUGCCUCUGGGCUGGCCAGCCUGGAGUCUGGCCUCAGCCACAUGGAUGUGGAUGACUGGGACUUCUGACCAGAGGAACAGGAAGCAGACGAGGAGAGGUGUGUGUGUGUAGUAACCAAGAGAUUUUAACAGGAGACGCUCUGAGAAGACUUCGGACUGGAUUUACGUUUUGUUCUUAUUAAAUGUCCCAUGUAAAUUAUUUAAACUAAGGAGUUACUUCCUCCAUCUGAGUUUAAAAGCCAGCCGCCAUCUUGCCUCCUUGCUAUCGCUCUAGUCUAAAAGAUGCAUGAGCAGACAGACCCUUGCACUGAAUGACACCUAAUUCCUCUCACGCACACAUCUCUCCAGAUUCUACUAAAAGCUCUGGACCCAUCGAGGAACAGUAUGGGGGAGUAUGUCCAGUUGGCUCUUUCACUUGCCAAUGGAGAUGUUCCAUUAAAGGUUAGAGCAGGGAAACUCUACCUCUUAUUUGAUCUGAGCUGCACUCGACUUGGCCCAAUCUAGAGCCAUCUGUUCACGUUACCAAGACCAGGAACUGACGCUCCGACCGCAUUACCAAGGGUUGAUCCAAUCAGCCAUCUAGCCAGCACAACAGAUGGAAGAUUCCAGAAGUUUGUCCCAAGGCUAUCACGAACCAGACAGUGUUUGUAUUUACUCACAGCUGAGAGAAGAAGCUCUCAUACUGAUCCACCAGUUUUACAGGAGAGGGAAGAAAAAAAACAUCUGUUUCUACCUGAAACCCUCAACUGAAGAUAGCAAAGCUAGUUAACACUUGACUGUGCCAACUGAGGUCCAUGUAUUUGAUUAACCUUCCUGUUACUGGCAAAAAAGUGAAUGUUACAAUGGUGCUUGUUUCAGAUAGUUUGUCUGGGUUUCAGGAAGAGGGGAGGGGAGGGGAAGGGAAGGUGUUGAGUGGGGGAGGGAAAGUGUUGGGAGUGUCAACUAUUUUACUUGAUAAUAAAUACCUUUCAC